AUGUCGGACCGCACUGCUGCCCUGCAGGCGCGCAUCGCGCAGGUCAAGCCUGUGCCGGCGACGGUCCAACUCCUGGAGAAGCAGUUGAUCAACGGCGACCGCGAAGUGCGCGCCCAAGGCGUCGAGUCGAUCACCAAGAUCCGUCCGCCGCCAGAGCCCCUCACGGACCUGUUGGCCCGGCUGAUCCAGCAUGAGAACUGGUACGUGCGGCGAACGGCCGCGGCCGCCACGGCCAAGUGCGCCGAGCUAGAGGACACCGCCGAGAUGGCGGUGCACAAGGUGGCGGCUGCACAGCUGGAGAACGAGGAUCCCGACGUGCGCAUCUGCGUCGCCCGGUCCCUCCUGGCCAUGCAGCGUGCAUCGGUCUCCAUGGCACCGCCAAGGAGCCGUGCCCUCAACAUUGUGAGGCGUGUCUUCCAAACCUCGGAGGAGGUUGAAGGCGAGCGCUUGGCCCUGGAAGAGACGCUGGACGAUGAUGCGCCGCUCCCCACAGCGAGGAGCGACGACAGCAUGCAGAACUGCGUCCUGGCCGGUGCCGUCGAUUCAGAGGUUGGCGGCCUCGCCGUGCAGGAGAUCGCAUCGCGCCUGGUGCACGAGAACCCGGACAUUCGGGAGCUCGCGGUCAACACCUUAGCGCAGAUGGGUGAGGCAGCCGCCCCCUACGGCAAGAAGUUGGGGCAGCUCGUUGCCGACCCCCAGGUUACGGUCUCUGCGGCCGCGAGCUCCGCCUUCGAGCAGCUUGGGCCCCAUGCGGACGCCGGCAUUGAGGAGCUCGUCAAGCAUCUCGGCCACCAGCAGGACUUCUAUCGCAGGCAGGCGCACAAAACGCUCCUAUUCUGCGCGCGCGAGUCGGGAGGGGAGGUGGUGAAGUUCGCCAUCAAGUACCUAACCGAGCUGCAGCCCAGACGGAAAGAAGAGCGGGACCGAGAGCAGGGCUCCGGCCGGAGAACGCCGCCGGGGUCGAAGGGCAUCUCCGACGAGGCGCCAACUCUGGUGGUGAUUCGCAUGCUUCUGACCUUACUCUGCGAUCUCAAGUCGCUGGUCGCCCCACACGUGAAGGUGCUAAUCCCGUGCAUGGAAGAUCCCACUGUGGACAUCCGCGCCAGCGCCAUCCGCUGCCUCAUUGCAGCUGGCCCCGAGGUCGUUUCCGGCAGUGGGCUCAAGCUCCUGAGGAAGCGGAUGGAGAGCCGCGACGUGAUGCUGAGUAAGGCGGCUACUGAGGUACUGAGAGGGCUAAGCCCGCACAACCCGGUCAUCGCUGGGACCAUCGGACAGGUUUUGUGGGAGGAGCCUCAGGACACACUGCCAGAGACGAUGCGACAGCGAAGCCUCGUGCUUACCCUUCUGGGUGGCUCCGGCGCCAACGCGAAGAAGUUCCUGGAACACAUCGCCCGAGAGAUGGAGGCCACCGACUUCAAGGUGCGACGCGCGGCCAUGGAGGCUUUCGUGGACCUCAAGGAGCAUGCUCUGCCAGCUAGUGCCGAGAUUGCGAAGCGGCUCAUCCACGCAGACCCGCUGGUGAGACGGCUGACGGUGGAGUGCGUUCAGCUCAUGGGCCCCUACGGCGCCAAGAUGCUUCCUCGGGUCAAGGGCCUUCUCGACACCGAAGAGGAUCCCGACGUGGUCCACGCGGCGAAGCGCGCGCUCGAGGGCAAGAACGGCGUGGCGUCGGAAAUGCUAUCCAAGCUUCCCGGCGAGAAGGGCAGAGGCCCCGGCGUGCCAGCAUCGGCGCGCGCCGCGGGGGCCCUCAGAUGGGUGUUGAGCUGGGUGCUCCCUGUCAUCAAAGCCGUCGUGAAGGGGCUGGAGAGCCGGGACGAGGGGGAGCGCAACUCUGUGGCGCCAAAGCUCCUGAAGGUGGCGGAUGGCAGCGAUGAACUGGUCGUUGCCGAGCUGCUGAGGCGUCUUGGCGACGAGCACCCGCCCGUGCGACGUGCUGCAGCGCGCACUCUUCGCGAGGUCGUGCCGCGGGAUGCGGAGGUCGUGAUUCCGCUGCUGCUUAGCCGUGCGGGUUCGUCCAGCCCGGAUGCGCGCCUGGAAGUGAUCAACGCGCUCCAGCACUUCGCAGACAGGGGCGACGGGCGAGUCCUGGCGGCCCUGCUGGAAAGGCUGGGGGACGCCGAGGGCGCCGUGCGCGCACGCGCGAUCUCCUCGCUGUCGGCUGUGGCGGAACAGGACCAUGACGAAGUGAUCAUCCAGGUCUUGGGGCGCUUGCAGGACUCGGAUGCCUUUGUCCGGGCCGCCGUGGCCGAGGCGCUUCCGAGCCUGUCAACGCCGGAGAACCGGAAGGUCUGGACCUACUUGACCCAGAGUCUGCGGAAUUUUCGGCCACCUCCCUUCCGAGAAGAUCUGAAGGAGGCCGCCUGUAAAGCUUUGGCGAAGUUUGCCAUGCACGGCGACGUCGAGGCAAUUGACCUCCUCGGAGAGUGCAUCGACCCCGAGUACCCCCAGGCUUCAGUUGCUGCGCUGCGCGCCCUCGUCGAAGUCGCUGCCCGUGGCGACCUCAACGCAUUGGAGGCCGCUGCAGCCGCUCUUGGGCACCAGGAGUCCCGCACGCAGGAGAUAGCCAUGGAGGUUCUGGAGCAGCUGGCCGACCGGAGCGCGGACCCGGCGGCCGCAGUGAAGGCAACGGCCUUCGAAGGCUCAUGGACAGGUGCGGUCAUCAAGGGCCGCAAGAUCUUUUGGAACUCGGACGACAUGAUCACCGACCUCGAAGUGAAGGGCAGGUCCAUCAUCUCGACCGUGUGUGUCGACAAGAAGGGGAAUGAGCUGCCUUGCUGGGGCCGGCUGGAUGCCUCCGGAGUCCUGCGCUGGGAUUUCGGUGCGGAGUGGGUGCGAUCCCAGGAUGGGGCCGCGUCUUUGCCAUCGCUUUCGCCAGCUGCCAUGACGCUGCCUCCACCCCAGGAUGCUGGUGAGUUUCCAGCAUCGCCCUCCGGGACGACGCCUCGGGGCACAGAAGCCGAGUCCGAGGUUGUAGGGGAGCAGAAGGAGAUUGGCGAUGCUUUUGCCGUGGCUGCGGUGGCGGCGCACUUUAAGUCCAAGGACUCUGCCGCAGCCCUGGACUCAACACCUUUGUAG